AUGCCGUGUCUUCUCGAUAUCCCCCCCGAAUUGGUAUUGGGGGUAUCUCGGUAUCUCGAUGAGGACGAUGUCAAUUGGUUCUGCCAAACGAAUCGGUUCUUCUAUGCUCUAUUAAACCCUCAGCUGUAUCGUGAAGCUCUCCCAAAGUUAGGACCAUUCCGUCUCAACCCUGGACCACUCGCCUGGGCCGCACAGCAUGGAAAGGAAGCCUGUGUCAGGAAAUUGCUGAAGGCUGGCGUACCACCAAAUACAGGCUGGGAAUCAUGGAAGCCAAUUAUGCUGGCUGCACAGAAUGGCCAUGCGAAUGUGGUCAAAGUCUUUCUCGAAUUCGGCGUCGAUCCCAAUCCACGGACCGGGUUCAACGAGAUCAGUACCUAUUUUGGGAAUCCGUUAACUGCAGCGGCAGAAAAUGGCCACGAAGACGUGGUCAGAGUUCUCGCCGAUCAUGGAGUCGAUCUUGAGUUCACCGAUAUAUACCGCUACCCUGUCAUCACGGACGAAGAUAUUAUAAUCGAGCAGCCUAUAUGCUUGGCUACGAUGAAUAAACAUGUACCAAUUAUCAAGUUUCUUCUCGAGAGAGGGUGCAAUCCUCAUGAACUUGGCCCCCAAGGCGACUCGGCAGUCUCCUGUGCCGCGACUCUGGAUCUUGACAUCUUCAAAAUGUUUGUUGAAGCAAAACCAGAUCUCAAAUUGAUCGAUUACGACCCGAACCCAGUUCAGAACGCGAUCGAGGGUGGUAAUGCAGCGGCUGCUGAGUUUCUCCUUAAAGAAGAACCGGGUCUCAUGCCAUCGGAUAUCAACGUGUUUCAACUUUUUAACCUGGCCGCGCCUCACUCUUCCGAACUUUCCCGGUUCUUGUUGGAACGGAUAGACGUGGAUGAAACAAUUCGAAAGGGAAGCCGGGAUGAAUACCGACAUCUCGUGCUUGGGGCAGCCUCGGCUGGCUUGGAAGACCUGAUGAAACGCCUUAAGGAAGGUGGCUGUCUUUCAAAGCGGAGUCCAGAUCAAGAAUUACACCAGCCUCUAUGCGCGGCGAUUAAAGGAGGUCGAGUUGAAAUGGUCAAGCUGUUGCUAGAUUAUGGAGCAGAUCCAAACAGCCAGCGCUCACAUCCAUUGGAAGGAGUUAUGGAAUGCCCUGUACCUCGCAGCGAGGAGCUUUCUAAGAUCACCAUGCUCCUACUUCAAAGGGGUUCCAAGCUGUCACCAGAAGAUGGCCUUGAUAUAUAUUUCAUUCAUGACGCUUUGCACUCUUUCAAGACCCUCGAUGUGUUCAAAUGCCUGCUCGAGACAUGUUUUUCUGAAGAAACAACUGGCAUGGACAUCGAUGAAAUCCUCGACAAUGCUGUGAGUCGAGGCGAAGAUGCAUUUGAUGUCGUGCUGGCACAUUUCAAAAUCAAACUUCAACCCGGCUAUGCUGGACACCAGGACGCCCUGGUCUCAGCCGCAAUCGAGGGAAACGCCGCCAUCAUAAAGAGGUUCUUAGAUGCUGGGUUUGAUGUGAAUUCCCGCGAGCUAGACGACCCUAUGGAAUAUUCUACGAAGAAGCUUAACCUUCUAGCCCUAGUGGCAACUGGACAAGAUGGCGAAAAACAUAACAAUCGACGAGCGGCCGAUCUGCUUUUAGAGCACGGAGCAGAUGUUGAGGGCGUGGAUCACCCAGGACAAGAUUCAUCUCUUUUUACGUUGUGCGCCUCGUCUGAUGAAUUCGAGGCGGGGAUCGCGAAAGGUGUGAAGCUUCUCUUGGAUUUGGGAGCGAAUCCAUUCUUCGUCAGUAGAACGGGAGAGACAGUCCUGGAUGCAGCUGCAGGGGUGCAUGUUAUGGGAAAUAUGGAGCACGACCUUGCAGUUGUCAAGACCCUGAUCGACCAUUUCGAAGCACAAGGUGACGCGGCCUUCCAAAAAAUAAAACAGUCAGUUGCGCGAGCCGCCGCUACGUCUUCCGAAGAGAUAGCCAAAAUCUUAUGGCGCUAUUAUUGGCGAGGGGUGUAUCCGUGCCCUUAG